UUUCCACCGCCAACGAAUACGCCUGCAAAGGGCUGGAUAAGCUGGAGGAGAAGCUGCCCAUCCUGCAGCAGCCCACAGAGAAGCUCAUCUCGGACACCAAGCAGCUGGUGACGUCCACAGUGACGGGGGCCAAGGAUGUCCUGACCAGCACCGUGGCUGGGGCCAAGGAUGCGGUGACGGGUGUGAUGGACAUGACCAAAGGGGCCGUGCAGGGCAGCGUCGAGCUGACCAAGUCGGCGGUGAGCAGCGGCGUCAGCACCGUCAUGGGCUCAACUGUGGGCCAGAUGGUGGUGAGCGGGAUGGGCUCCAUGCUGGAGAAGUCGGAGGAGCUGGUGGACCAUUACCUGCCCAUGACGGAUGAGGAGCUGGCCAAGCUGGCCACGGCCGUGGAGGGCUUCGAAACGGAGCAGCAGAAGCAGCAGCAGAGCUACUUCGUGCGCCUGGGCUCCCUCUCGGCCAAGGUGCGGCACCGAGCCCUCCAGCACUCGUUGGGCAAGCUGCAGAGUGCCCGCCACAGCAGCCAGGACGUGCUGGCCCAGCUCCAGCGCACCCUCGACCUGGUGGAGCACCUCAAGCAGGGCAUGGACCAGAAGCUGCAGGGAGGGCAGGAGAAGCUGCAGCAGAUGUGGCUGGAGUGGAGCAAGAAGCAGCCGGGU